GUUUGCUUGUGUGUCGAAUAUUCCGCGAAUUUAUGUUUGUGUUGGAUUUGUAGAUUGUGUUGGUGAUUGAUUGUGAUUCCUGUGAUGUGAUGUGAUGUGAUUGUUGAGGCAUUUCGUUCAACCUCUGUUAAAAUAUUUAUUUGGAUUUCCCUGAUCAAGAUGUGACGAUAAUAAUUAUUGUGUAAACUGUGUCCGUCGGCCUUAGUUUAUUGGUCAUGAGUUGCACUAACGUUAGGAAAUGGAGUAGGAAAAAAACUAUGAAGCCUGAAAAGUCAUCACGAUGUGGUCCGCUUACGCACGGUCUAUUGUUCGCCACUCCUACCUGUUUCUAUUUUUAAGUAGUGUGAUUUCUACUAUCCUUACGGUAAUCCCGUUAGUAUGCCACAAACUACCAUCAUUCUCCGACCCUCUCACAGGGUUCGAGACUCGCGGAACAACGUUAGCCCAUCGUUUCAUCGCGUGGGAAAACCUCAACGACGAGACACGGCCGUCCCGGCGGCUCGCCGUCGACCCCCAAGAAAUUAAAGAUCAAAUUCGCAUAAAUUUUACCUACUAUAACAGAACAACCCAAAGUAAACAACAAACAAAGAGAGAUCCCUCUAAGAAGAAACUCCGGACAAGAAAAGAAAUAUCGAACAGCACAAGCAGUACAAAAAUUAGGUAUAAUUCACCUGAAACUAAUUUCUCUUCUUCUGAUCAUGUGCACUGGGGAUAUGGAAAUGUAACCUUUGAAGGAGAAAAUGAUAUUUUCUUGAGGGAGCAUGUACGAAAACAAUGGGUUUCACUCAAGAAAAUGCAGCGUGAGCCUGAUACACCAAUCCACCGAAACUAUGCUUUUGGAAGUUGUGGAGCACCACUAUCAAAUUAUGCACAUUUUGUAAUAGAAAGCACUGACAAUUCAUCCUUACUCACAUUUGAGAAUGUUCAAAAAAUGUGUUACUGGCAAUUGGAUCUCGUGGAACUAGGGGCUGUGGAAUAUUUCAAUUUGUGUCAAAGGCCUUUCAACGCUGAAGACCUCUGCUGUCCAGUAUGGAGUGUUCCGAACUAUAUAGCUUUAAUCUCUGGUAAACAAUCAUGUGCGAAUUUGACUAAAGAAGAUGUUGACAAAACUUCUGUGAUUUUAGAAAAAUGUGCAGUCUAUUUUCAUAAUUUUUCAUUGAUGGCUUCAUGUGAGUUCAACAGAUGUAAGGUACCAAAAUAUUGUUCCCAGUAUGAUGCAAUAUACAACAUGUUGUUCUACUUAAUAGAUUCUAAUGCAUUUGCUCCGCCUGACCUUUCUCAAAGCCAUGUUAAAAAUGUAAUGGUCUUCUUACCACUGCCAAGUAGUAGCACAGUAUUACCAUACUAUAAAAAAUUACAAAGUUCAAAUAUGUCUUAUGAUAAUCUUUUUAUACCUGCAAUGGAUUUUGGGCUCAAGAAUGCAUUAUUUGACAUAUGGGUUAUUGAAGACACUUGGUUAGUUGGCUUAGGAGCUGUGUUUGUGUUUUUAUGUGUUUGGAUUUAUACAAAGUCUGUAAUGUUGACACUUAUGUUAUUUACAGCUAUUACAUAUUCCCUUGGUAUAUCAUACUUCUUGUAUGUAUAUGUGUUCAAUUUAGAGUUUUUCCCAUUUAUGAAUUUAUUAGUAAUAGUUGUUGUGAUAGGGAUUGGAGCUGAUGAUGCAUUUCUUUAUGUUAAGGUGUGGAAAAUGGUCAGUAAACAACUUAUCAGAGAUAAUGUGGCUAGUCGGGAUAGUGGGUUAGGGGAUAUGGGGGAUAUAAAGAAUGUAUCAAGUGCAGGCGAGACUAUACUUGUGCAAAUACUUGAGGAAACUCUUAAACAUUCUGUUAUGACAAUGUUCAUAACAACCUUGACGACUGCUGUAGCAUUUUACGCAUCUUACGUAAGUUACAUACCUGCUAUUAACUGCUUCAGCAUAUUUGCUGGAACAGCUGUUCUAGUCAACUUUUUACUAAUGAUAACCUGGUUACCUGUAUCAGUAUUUAUAUUGGAUGUUAAAUUGUGCCAAAAUAAUAUAAAAUUUUUAGAGGUGCUGAAAAAUUCCAUUAAUGAGAUUUGGGAUGAUGCUAGAAUAGUGUUGAAUAGAUUUAUUAUCACAUGUGUAACAAAGUUCCACGUCGUUUUUGUAUUGGGGUUAGGUGGUUUAGGGAUUUACAGCAUUGUUGUAGUGUUUUACACUCCAGGUCUUCAACUUCCUGACUCUAGACAGUUCCAACUAUUUCAAACAUCACAUCCGUUUGAACAGUAUGAUAUGAGGUACAGUGACAAGUUCCUUUUUGAAAGAUUUGGUAAGGAUAUAGGAACUGGCAGUAAUAUGCCUCUCAGAUGGAUAUGGGGCGUAAAAGCUAUUGACAAUGGAAACCACAUGGAUCCCAAUUCUAGAGGCAAUUUAAUUUUUGAUGAUUCUUUUUCGAUAUCAGAGCCAAAGUCACAAAUUUGGUUACUAGAGUUUUGUACAAGAAUCAAAGCCCAACCGUUUUAUCAACAUACGCCGGGCUUCCUUCUACCAAACUGUUUUAUUGAGAACUUUAAGAACAUAUUUAUGAAUAGACGAUGUUACGAUAGUACAGAAAAAAUUGAUAGGAAGCCUUGUUGUGAAGUUUCCCGUUUCCCCUAUAAGAAGAAAGUAUUUGAACGUUGCAUCAUACUAGCUACGGAGUCAUUAUACCAGACCUCUCGAGAAUUGUUCAUGCCUGGUGUGGCUGGUCCCAAAUUUCUCCGAAGUGCUAGACCCCCGAAAAUAGCGUCUAUUGUCGUUGAUUUUGAAAGUGUGGUCCCAUAUUCGAUGUCGUAUUUAGCAAUGAACAAAUUCUUUUCGGAUGUUGAGAACUGGACUGAGAAUGAAUUGAAAUCGGCACCUCGGGGUAUGAAGGGUGGUUGGUUUAUAUCUGAUUUACAAUUUUUCGAUCUCCAACGCACUUUGGCCAGCGGCACAGUGAUGGCUCUAUUGAUAUCCGCUGGCUUAGGUUUUGUGGUACUGAUUCCAGCAACUUUGAGUUUCGUUGUAAGCGCGUGUGCACUAGCAGCAAUGGUAUUUUCUUCUACAGUUACGAUAGCUUUUCUAGUACUCAGCGGGUGGAAAUUAAAUAUUUUGGAGAGUGUUGCGAUAUCGACCUCGGCAGGACUUGCUGUAGACUUCAGUCUUCACUAUGCCCUCAGUUACACUAACGCUAACGGCCUGAAAACUUCAAGGGUUAAAACUGCAUUAUCAACAUCAGCUGGACCAACUGCAGCCGCUGCACUCACUACGGGAUUCGCGGGAAUAUUUUUGUUGAGAUCGAAUUUGCUACCAUACUCUCAAAUCGGAUGUUUCUUAGCUUUGAUUAUGUCUGUUAGUUGGUUCUAUGCAACGUUCUUUCUGUGUUCUUUAUUCUGUAUAGUCGGUCGUAAUUCGUCCAAGGAAUUUCCAUCUGAAGAUAGAAAAACAGUAUCUCGAGUAAGUUCGAUAUGUUCGGGGAUUCCGAAUUUAGAGAGCCACGAACUGGAGCAUUUAGCGGAUAGUAAUCGUACAAAUCUCACACAUUCACACAGUCCUUCCAGUUGGAGCGCUACCACCGUCGUGUUACAUGACGACUGUGACAACGCCCACAGUAAAGUUGACAAAAAAAUUAGUAUUACGGCUAAUUUAGCUUGUGACAAUGACUGAAUGUACUUAUCUAAACAUAAGUAACUAAGUACUUAACUUACUGGCAACUCGUGAGAGUAUUUUUUUACAAAUAUAGUAUAAAUACCUGUUGAUCAAAAUAAGAGUAAAUUUGUAUUUGAAUAAGAUUAAAUAUUAAAAUCUAAAAAAGGCCUCUGUGGUAUGGCGUUAAUUAUGCUGGCGGCAUUUCCUGGUUUUAUCGGAUGCGCUCUCCUAGUCACAUCAAUCAAUCGGAUUUUUGUGACCGACCCUAAAAAGGAAACAUGGGACGGUAGUACUAUUAGUUAUUCUGUGACAUGGGCACCACUUUUAAUAUUACACAUAUAUGACAAGUCAUUUCUACCCAAUCUUUACUUGAUUU